AUGGCUGGCCCAACUUCGCCGAGCAACGAGGGUCCCUCGUUUGCCCCUCCUCAACUUCCGCCCGGCUGGAUCGCGCAAUGGGACGGCGCCAGCAAAAAAUACUACUACGUGCAACUCGCCACGGGCGUGUCGCAAUGGGAGAUUCCCACCCAGGCCGCAAAGACCGGCACCACACCUGGACAGGCUGUUGACCAUCCCUACGGCACGCCGCCGCCCGAGCUCAUCACCCAUCCCGAUGGGUCGCAGACGGUCAAACAUCCCGACGGUACCAUGGAGCCGAUAAUGGCGGACGGAACCAGAGGCGUAGAUGGUCCGUCCGGCGAUCGAGGUCUUGGUACCAUGGCUAUGAAUGCUCUUCUUGGCGGCAAGAAGCAAUCAUCGGGCGGCGGCGGCGGCAUAGGAGGCUUGGCGAGCCAGUUUCUCGGCGGGAGUAGCGGCGGCCACGGCGGUGGAAGCAGCGGCAUAGCCGGGAAGCUAGCCGGGCAGCUCGCGUCAAACUUGUUCUCGUCGUCAGACAAGCCGGAGCCGCCGCAGAACUAUCACGGCGGCCAGAAUUCCAGCAAGCCCAGCCACCAGGGCGGCAUUGCCGGCGCCGUAUUCGGCGGCGUAGCUCACAUGUUUGGCGGCAAGGAGUCCUCAGGCAACCAAAACUACGGAUAUUCCAACACCGGGGCUGGAUCAUACGCUGGCGGUGACGCGCCUACCUACCACCCGCCUGGGAGCACUCAUUCCUCAUCGGCUCCCAAGCCCCCGUCCAACACAUCUUCGACGCCGAACCAACAACACCACAGCCAGGGCUCUCAGGGCCACCAGUCGCAGGGCCAUCAAUCCCAUGGGUCGCAAUCGUAUCCCCCUCCACCGCCUCCUCCUCAAGGCCACUCUCCAAACCAGCAAUCGAAUUACCAGAGUCAGGCGCCUCCUCAUGACACCUACCAAGGCGCUUCAUUUCCCGGCCAGCAGCAGCAGCAUAACCAGCCUCCCUACGGCCAAAACUACAACAGCAAUUCAAGCAGUUCCGGUGUACAAUACGGAGGUCAGCAUGGCAGCCAAGGGGGUUAUUCUGGUGGGCAACAUGGCUAUGGUGGUCAGCAGCAGCAGCAGCAGCAGGGAUAUGGUCAACCUCAACACCAGGGUGGUGGCUACAACCAGCAAUAUUCUGGUGGCAACCAGUCCUACCAAGGGCAUCAACAGUAUCAGAGCGGCCAUUAUUAA